CAAACUGUUGUGUUGGCAAAUGACAUGCAGUGUAGACGUCGUGAAACAUACAAUUUUCCCCGCCACAGUUGAAUACGAAAAUAUGUCAAAUAUGGCUGGAAAUCCUAGAGAUUGCCCCGAGAUUGUUACAAAAGUCCCAAGCCCACAAAAAGAAAGGUAUAAAUCCAUCCAAAAGCUGUACAUUGAGAGUUUUGGUACAGAGCCAGCCUUUUUUGCUAGAGCACCUGGACGAGUCAAUAUAAUUGGUGAGCAUAUAGACUACUGUGGCUAUUCUGUCUUACCGAUGGCCAUUCAACAAGACAUCGUGAUCGCUGCCGGACCAAAUGCAGAUAAGAAACUUGACUUCAAGAAUACAAAUCCAGAAUACAAGGAUUUCACAUCAAGCACUGAAGACUACAAGAUAGAUCCCAGCAACCCUCUAUGGCACAACUACAUCCUGUGUGGCUUCCGAGGUAUCGUAGAGGCCGAGAGUGUAUCUACACCGUCUGGUAUGAACCUGAUGGUGGAUGGCAUCGUCCCACGCAGUGCUGGUCUGUCUAGCUCUAGUGCCUUGGUGUGCUGUAGUAGUCUGGUCACUAUGCAUGCCAAUGGGUUGGAGAUACCUAAGAGGAAAUUAGCAGAUAUCUGUAUGAGAUGUGAGCGUUAUAUUGGCACUCAAGGUGGUGGUAUGGAUCAAUCUAUCUGCUUCCUGGCGGAAACUGGAACUGCUAAGUGGAUCCAGUUUAACCCCAUCCAAGCCACCAGCGUUUCCAUACCUCCUGGUGUGUCGUUUGUCAUCUCCAAUAGUUGCGUGGAAUUACAGAAAGCUGCAACGUCUCACUUCAACAUCAGAGUGGUUGAGUGUCGCCUAGCAACCCAGGUCUUGGCCAAGGCUAAAGGAUUAGAUUGGAAGCAGCUUAAGGUGUUAGCCAAGCUACAAGAGGCACUAGGAGUCUCCUCGGAGGACAUGUUGAGCAUCGUGGAGGAUGUGCUUCAUCCUGAGCCGUACAGCAAACGGGAGGUUUGUGACAUCCUUGGGGUGUCGGAAGAGGAGUUGAACAAGGACAGCUUGAGCCAGAACACACUGGAAGUCAUCUCUUUCAAGUUGCAUGAUCGUGCCAAGCAUGUGUUUGGUGAAGCUAACCGAGUCCUGAAAUUCAAGGAGAUAUGUGAUCAGGGACCUGCUGAUGCCGCUACUCUGCUAGGAGCACUCAUGAGCGAUAGUCAUACAAGCUGCCGAGACUUGUAUCAGUGUAGCUGUGAACCUCUAGAUCAACUAGUUGAGCUGUGCAGAAACUCUGGAGCACUGGGCUCCCGCCUCACAGGCGCUGGUUGGGGUGGAUGCGCCGUUUCCAUGGUACCAUCCGAGAGUGUUGAUGACUUCAUCAGCAAGGUGCAUGCUGGGUAUUACGCAGCUGAUCCCAAGCUACAGGGACGCGUCAAGGAGAGUUUGUUUGCUACCGAGCCUGGCAACGGAGCCAAUAUCAUUCAACUGGACACCGAAACCUCUCUCUGAAAUCAGGACAAAGUCCUUUAGAAAUUUUACAAUGGAACAACUCCUUAAGUCAUCAAAAUAAAAUUUUCUCCACUUCAGUAUUUUUGCUUCAAAGUACAGGCGAUUAUGACUUAGAUGUAAUUAAGUUAACAUUCCUAAGAUAUUUUGUUUUUAAUUUUGAAAGUUGAACUAAGAAAUUGACUGGAGCAGGGUUUGAACCUGUAACCUCCAGAUUGCCAUUCCAGGGUUCUACCAACUGAGCUACCCAGCAUUAUGGUGGUGGUUCCCCAUUUUGUCCAUGUACAUGUAAUUGUUUCUUUUUGCAUCCAAGAAACUGCCAAUUUCCAGUACUUGCAUAAGAAAAACAGUAAACAGCAUUUCCUUUCAAUAAUUCCUUUUUAAGUUUGGUUUUGGGAUAAAUACCCAAUUGAGAGUAAAUUAUUCUGAUAUAGUUGAAGACACUAUGCUUUGAUUAUCUUUCAGGUGGAUCUGUUAUAUCAAAUUUUAUCAGUGUCAAUGAAAAACCAAGUCUGAUUUUAAUACCACAGUGUAGCAAGACUAAUGUAACCGAGUAUUUUAUAGCUGUAGUGUGCAUGCCGGCUUUAUUGAGAAAAGUGCCUCGUUACUUUUUGCUUUUUUUUUAUUCCAAGCAUUUACAGGUUGCAACAAGUUAAUUGGUCCAUGACAACUGUUUUACCAAAAUUAAGCUGUCUUGGAAUGCCAUGUUGCUUCCCAGCUAAACUUAAUCAACUUAAUGUGCAAUGUAGUAUACAUUUGGUAAACACCG